AUGUUUCAGCGCCUCCGAGACGCAAUCGACUCGCGGAUUGCAGAAGAGCAGGCUCGUCAGAAAUCCGCCCAGGAGUCACUCGCCCGCUCCAAUUCCGCCCGUCGUCCCUCCCGCAAUCUAUCUCCAUCCCGGCGAGCUAAUCGGCCACGACGCAACACCGGGACUCCUGUUCGCGGUCCCGAUCCCACCGAAUUUGAGGCCGCCUUUACCAUCGGCGACGAUGAAUCCUCCAGUCGUUCGGCCACUCCGAAACCCGAAUCUGUUGCCGGCUCCGAUGCCACCAGCGCUGUGACCCCUGCGGACGAAAAUGCCACCGAAGCGAAGACCGAGAACUCCUCGUCGGCAGACAAAGAGUCUUCCGCAAAUACUGCGACUCCUGCGACUUCGUCGACGGAAACCAUCCAGCUGUCGUCCGAGCUACCGGCAGAGGUUCGAGUUAAGUUGCGGAAAUUAGCUAAAAUGGAAGCACGGUACCAAGAUCUCCUCAAGGCCUAUCGGAUGGCCCAUUCUCGCGUCCUCUCCAUUGAACCGUUCGAAGCCGCCCUCCGCGAAAACACCCCCCUCACAUCCAUCAGCGAUCCGAAAGCCCUAACCGAAUACCUGAACCAGAUCUCCUUAAAGGGGGAUAUGGUGGUCGAAGAGUUGAAGCGGGUUACCACCGAGCGGGACGAUUACAAAAAGAAGCUCGAGGAAGCGCAGCAGUCGACGAAGGCGGCCUGGGACGAAGUCGCCGGUCUCAAGAAGGCAAAGAAGCAAACCGCCGAUGGUGAGGACUCUGAGGGAAAGUCCGCGGAGUUGGCGAUCGAUACCUCCAUGACCAACGACAAGCCCUCCGAUAGUCAGGACGCUGCCACCCCGACCACUACAGCCUCUCGUCUCGCUCAGGUAUUCUCGCCGAAGCGUGAACCUGCGAAACCAGCUGAGUCACAGGAGGAAAGUGAAGAGUUCUUCUCGUUCGACAAUGAGGUCCCGCGUCUAGAGGCGGAGCUGAAGGAAAAGCAGGAGGAGGUGGAGACUCUAAAGGCCCAAGCGGAGAGUCUAAGGCGCGAUCUCUCUGUUGCGCGCGAGUCGACGGAGGGUAUGGUCCUUAACUUGGAGAAUGCGACUCGGGAGCUGGUCGAGCUGCGCGACCUCAAGGAGAAGCAGGACGUCGAGAUUCAAAGCUUGAAGACUUCUAAGCAGGAGGAUAUUGAUGAGCUUAAGGCCAAGUUGGAGACUUCCGAAAAGACCAUCAAAGAGACCAGCGAGGAGAUCGCAAAGCUCAAGGCGGAGCUAAAGUCCAAGACGGAUGAAAUCGAAAGUCUCCAGGACCAAGCGAAGACAUCAGCCAACGACGAGGAACAGUCGGACCUGAAGGCGAAACUCGACCAGGUGACGGAGGAGAAAGAUGCCAGCGAGAAACGCCUCGGUGUGCUCCAGGGUCUGGUUGACAGCCUCCGUUCGCAGCUCAAGGACACGGAAAAGACCGUGUCCGACCUAAAAGGAGACGUGGAGAAGAAAACCGAAGAUGCGGGUAAACUGCAGAACAUUGUGGACUUCUUUGACGACAAUUUGAAGGACAGCACCGAGUGGCAGCAGGCCAAGGACCAAAUUACCAGCGGAAAACAGGCCAGCUUUGACAACCUUCGGAAGAGCUUGGCUCCGCAGCAGAUGGCCGAAGAAGUGAAGGAAGCCGCGCAACCCAACAAACAGCCCGCCCCUCCUGCUGGUGGUGCUGGCCCCAACAAAAAGAAGAAGAACAAGAAGAAGAAGGGAGAUGCUGCAAUUGACCGUCUCAGCUCCAGGCUGAAGGGUGAGGAAGACCUUAAAGAGGAAAUAGAAUCCCUUCGCGACGACCUCCUCCAUCUGGGUCAGGACCACGUCGAGGCAAAGGAUAAGAUCAAGGAACUCACGGCGGAAAAGACGGCUCUGGAAGAGACCAUUACCAAGUUAGAGAAAGAGCUCACCGAUCUGCGCACCAACGCAUCAAAGGAGACCGAGCUGUCUGCCGCACAGCAGCUGGCCGCGACUCGAUUCAAGGACCUCACGGACCUGCGCGAGACCAUGCAGAAGCUGCAGCCAGAGUUGAAACAGCUGCGAGCAGAAUCGACUGAACUCAAGUCGACCAAGGAGACCUUGAACAGCAAGACGAGCGAAUUGAGAACACUUGAGGGCAAGCACGAGGAACUGCGGACUGAGAUGAAGGCCGCCAAGUCAAAGAUCGUGGAACGUGAGAAGGAGGUGAAGACACUGAACCAGAAAAUUCGACAAGAAACCGAUAACCGCCUGAAGGCGGAGGAGAGGCUCACGCUGGCUCAGUCUGAUCUCCGUUUCUCCGAGAGCAAGAAACAAGAAGCUCUAGAGACGAAGGAGCGAAUUUCCAACGACCUGUCUAAGGCGCAUGAUGAUCUCAAGAAUGCCCGUAGCAAGAUCCGCGAGCUCGAGAAUCAAAUCACCCAGUUGAACAAGGACCUGGAGGGUCUGCGCGAAGAGAUCCAACUAAAGACCGCCCAACACGCCAGCGCGCAGAGCCUGAUGAACAGUAUGCGCGACCAGGGGUCUGAAAUUGGAAUGCAGAUGAAGGAAGCUCGGGAACGCUGCGAGAGCUUGGAGGAGGAAUUAGCCGAUGCGCACCGGUUGCUGAGCGAGCGCACUCGGGAAGGUGAGACUAUGCGGCGUCUGCUCAGCGAUAUCGAAAGCCGCGCAGAAGCCAAGGUGCGCGAUUUCAAGGAGCGGAUGGAGGCAGCGAUCGAAGAGCGUGACCGAGCGGAGGACGAAGCCAGCGCACAGGGCCGCCGCCGGGCACGGGAACUGGAGGAGCUGAAGAGCAAGGUCCGGGAAGCGGAGAAGGCCCUGCGAAGUGCAGAGGAGGACAAGGAGGAGCUGGAACAUUCCCAGAGGGACUGGAAGCGCCGACGGGAUCAGCUGGAGGAACAGGCCGAACGGUCGACACAAGAGCUCAAUGAUAUUCGAGAGGCCAUGACCCGUCUCCGCGAUGCAUUGGACGAAAGCGAAAAGCAGGUUCGCGAUUUGGAGAAAGAAAAGGCCGAGCUACGGCGGUCGGUGGAAGAGACCAGUGCUCGCUUGGAAAAGCUGCGCAAAUCCAACCGGGCUCUGACCGACGAAGCUCGAUUUGGCCAGACACCGCAGUCUUCUCGAUCCUCGAUUGACUCCGGGUCUCGAAGAGCCAUCGCGUCUCCUGUGUCUAAAGACCGCAGUCCUUCUGCACGGCGAAGUGAGACGCCGUCUGGCGGCGCAAUUGACUACAUCUAUCUCAAGAAUGUGCUCCUGCAGUUCCUGGAACAGAAGGACAAGAACUACCAGAAGCAGCUCAUUCCGGUGCUGGGAAUGCUGCUGCAUUUUGACCGGACGGAUGAGCAGAAGUGGAUGUCGGCCAUCAUGUCCAAAUAG